GGAAGUUAUUAAAAAAAGACUUGAGUCUGGGGUCUGUUACGCCUUCACUGGAAGUCCAGUCAAUAUUCAUCUCUGCGGGGGUUUCUGAGACCGUCGGCGGGAUGUCUUUCCCCUCCUCCUUCGGGACGCAGGUGGCCGCCAUCAUGAACGUGCUGGCCAAGGCUGCGGUGGCGGAGAUCACCCAGCUGGCGGAGGAGGGCGGUGUGCUGCUGCGGCUGGAGCUGCGCCGCAGGGACGGGGAGAUCCAGGAGCUGCGGAGGAGUCUGGAGGUGAUGGAGGCGGAACUCUGCAAAGCUCAGGAAGCUGCAGCCGCUCGUCUCACGGAGGAGACGCAGGAGCUGGCAGCAGCAGCCGGGACUCAGGUCCAGUGGGGCGAUGUCAAAGCGCGUCAAGAGAUGUGCGCGGUUUAUUGUGAACCAGGACCUGCUGAUUCCCUCUGUGAGCCUCAGACUGGAACUGAUGAGAGCCAUGACAUCAGGCCGGUUGUCAAGCAAGAGCCAGACAUUGAACUUCCUGCCUCUGAAACAACAGCCAACACAGCGACCGCAGCUGUUGGGUCUGAUGCAGGAGAGCAUGAAGACUCGGUCUGGCCUUCUCCUGCUUGUAGCGUGGUGGAGAAAAGCUCUGCUUUAAUGCAGCAGCCCAUACAGACCUUCCCCUUUCAUGCCGAGCAAUUUUCUUCAUGCAGAAACUCUGAAAUUUCAUUCAGUCCUUUAUUGGCUGCAACAAAGGAAGUGGCAGAUGAUUGCUCAACUGUGCCUGUAAAAUUAGAGGUAAACAUGAACCCUGCACGUACUGAAAGUUCUCCUUCACAGUCUGUUCAUGCUAAACAGUUUGGACACGAUUCACAUGCUGCAGUUGUACAGGACGAGAGUCUGCAGUGUGCCUCACAACAGGCCGGGUUAUCAGUGGCGCUGUCUCAUGGACAGAGAUCUACUGCAGGAACAUCAGGAUCACAUUCAGAAGAUCACUUUAAUAACAGAAACAGUCUUAGAACAAAACGGAUACUGAAUGUGUGGAGAACGAACCAGAAACUCUUCAUGUGCUGUGUGUGCAACAAGAGUUUUGCCCGCUUGUCUCAGCUGGAGGAACACAACAAGAACACCCACCAAACCAUGAAACCCUUCAGGUGCCUCGAAUGCGGGAAGUCCUUCACCCAGAAGACGCGGCUGAAAACGCACCAGAGCGUGCACACAGGAGAGAGGCCUUUCAGCUGCAAAAUCUGUGGCAAGAUGUUUUCUCGGCAGGACAACUGCCUGAGACACGAGCGCUUCCACAGCGGGCUGAAGCCGUACGGCUGCAAGCAGUGUGGUAAAAGCUUCACCGUGAUGGGAAACCUCAAAAUACAUCUAGAGAUUCACCGGCAGGGAAGGUAGUGCCUCUGAGGCUUUAGCUUCCCAUGAUGCAUUUCAAGAGUUUGAACAUCUGCACAAACCUCUGCCCUGCGUGUGGUAGCUGUGUCGCAUUAUAAGCAAUAAUAACAUGUGGUUUGACUGUCGGAUGCUGGGAAAUCAUUUCAAAUCAGCAUUUUUUCUUAUCGUAGGAUGAGACAAUUCAUCUGCACUCCCUUUAAACGAAAGUCAGGGUGCUGUCUGGCAUCCAUCCAGCAAAAACAACAUCAACAAAUGCUUAUUUUGUUUACCACACUGUUGCAUUAUCUAUUCUUUGAGGGACUCCCUAAGCUGUAACUGACUAAGAUUCAAUAUUCAGCCCGUCCAAAGAGGACAAACGACACAAGGCAUGGGUAGACGGGCCUGAGGCUGCAGACACGGGGAAGAAGAUGAACUUGUAUUUAUCUUAAUUUUUUUAUGGAAAGGAUUUUCUGUUCCUGCUCUGUGUGGGAUUCCAGCGGCUCAACACUUUAUAGGAUAUUUUGCCUUAGUCGCUUUGUCAUAAAGUGUUAAAUAUUUUCAGUGGGAUACAGAUCUGGACUGCAGGCGGGCCGGUUUAGUACCUGGACUUUUAGACUGCGGACCCAAGCUUUUGUAAUAUCUGCAAAAUGAGUUUGACAUUGUUUUGCUGAAAUAAUAAAGGUAUUUUUAGUAGAACUAAACGGGUUUCUCUGUCCCUGUUUUUUUCUUCUUCUUUUUUUCUUAACUUAUUUACACAUUAAAUUCAAAACGUGCAUGUUUAUCAAAGCAUUAGUAUUUUCUAAAAUGUACAUCAGAUGCUGUCCUUUGCCAAUUUUUUGUCAUCCCACAUUAUACACCAUAAAAAUAGUUUUAAUAAUCAUGUUCUCAUAUAGGUUUCUAUUUUGACCUGAUACCUGGGAGCCAAGACUGUCAUUCUAUAUAGCAAUACCACUUCUGACCACUUGGGGUCAUACAGAUGUCCAACAGACUCACUGACAAAUCUGUCAAAUGAAUAAAUUAGUUCUGACUUCAAUCCUUAUGUUGGACAUUUGACUGCUGGUGCUAAACUAACUUUAACUGGAUAAUCCAAAAUAAAUUUAUGAUUAUUUGAAAUGAUCAAUAUAUAUCAAGCUGUGUGGCAUUUCAGGGGCUGCGGUUGCCCUAGAUGGUUGUUUAUUGCAUAAAAAAGAUCCUUCUGCACUCAACAUCUUUGGCUGUUAUUAUGAGUGUUCAAUGUGAGAGCCAACCCGAUUGAUUUUCUUGUUUUUGCACUUAUUGACGAGUCACUGGAAGAGUGAAGGGA